AAUCGAACAGAGUACUCCAUUUUUCGGCAAAAUGGGAUUUUCAGUACUCUUUCUGUUCAUAAUUUCCUCUGCUUUUCACAUAAAUCUCACUUCCUCCGCCGAUAUUGCUGAUGAUUUUCGGUCGAGUUGUGACGGCAGCAACGGUGAUUUCAUCGCUAACAGUACCUACAAGGACAACCUCAAUCUUCUCUUCUCCAACCUCUCCGAUCAGGAUUACAAUCACGGGUUCUAUAAUGUGUCCGUUGGCCAGAGCCCUGACCAGGUCAACGCAAUUGCACUCUGCAGGGGAGACCAAAACGAGGACAUCUGCAGAAGUUGCCUGAAAAACACCACCGCAGCGCUCCAACAAACCUGUCCCAACAAAACAGAAGCAAUCGGAUGGUCGACAUUCUGUACUUUACGCUACUCAAACCGACAAAUUUACGGAGUUAUGGAAGCCGAUCCUUCUGCUGCAAUAUGGAGAACCGAUAAUUUAUCGAAGCCAUCUGAUCCUGAUGGGUUCAACCAGACCUUGAGUUUCUUGUUGAAAAAUUUAAGCACCCGUGCGGCUGCCGGGGAUCAUAAUUUCAAGUGUGCAACGGGCGUGACGGUUAAACCUGACAAAAUUUACGCCUUAGUGCAGUGUACCCCGGAUCUGUCCCAACAAAAUUGCAGCGAUUGUCUAGAGAAGGCCAUGUCCAAUGAAAGGAUGGGAAGCUCCUGCUAUAGAUUAACCGGAUGCAGAAUUUUGCAACCUAGCUGUAACUUAAGAUAUGAGAUUGACAAAUUUGUGGAUUCUGUAGAUGUUACCGUUGAGCCACCUCCACCUCCACCUCCACCUCCUCCAAGUCCAGAAGGAAAAGGCAACAGCACAAGUACAGCAAUCAUCAUAUCCACAGUUGCUUCACUCCUUGGGGUUCUGUUGCUUGUGCUUUGGAUAUUUUUAAGAAAAAGAAAGGCAAAGGAAACUGUUGAAACUACUGAGGAAAUGAUAGUAGCCGAGUCUUUGCAAUAUAACUUUGCCACCGUCCAGGCAGCAACUAAUAACUUCAAUGAUCAAAAUAAGCUUGGACAAGGAGGAUUCGGAGCGGUUUACAAGGGUCGCCUUUCGAAUGGACAAGAUGUAGCUGUAAAAAGGCUCUCUAGAAGCUCUAAACAAGGAGAUACAGAAUUUAAAAAUGAAGUUCUCUCAAUGGCCAAGCUUCAACACCGUAAUUUGGUCAGACUAGUUGGUUUCUGCCUGGAAGGAAAUGAAAGACUCCUUAUCUAUGAAUUUGUGCCAAAUUUAAGCCUUGAUCAAUUCAUAUUUGAUCCAAUCAAACGUGAGCAAUUGGAUUGGGAAAGGCGUUACAAGAUCAUUCUAGACAUUGCUCGUGGCCUUAAUUACCUUCAUGAGGAAUCUCGUGUUCGAAUUAUUCAUCGUGAUCUUAAAGCAAGUAACAUUUUAUUAGAUGAAGAUAUGAAAGCCAAAAUUGCAGAUUUUGGCACAGCAAGGUUAUUUGCAAGAGAUGAAACACAAGGCAACACUAGUAAAAUUGUGGGAACUUAUGGAUAUAUGGCUCCAGAAUAUAUAAUAUAUGGGCACUUCUCAGCAAAAUCAGAUGUUUUUAGCUUUGGCGUGUUAAUGUUGGAAAUUGUCAGUGGUCAAAGAAAUAGUUGGUUUGUAGAUGGAGAGGCCCUUCUAAACCAUGCAUGGAAAAAUUGGACAGAAGGGACAGCUUCAAAUCUCAUAGAUCCAACUUUGAGGAAUGAUUCAAGGAUUAAUCAAAUGACUAUCUGCAUCCACCUUGGAUUGCUAUGUGUUCAAGAAACUGUUGCUGACAGACCAACCAUGGGUUCAAUUGUGCACAUACUUAAUGAUAACUCAACUACUCUGCCAGUGCCCUCAAAACCUGCAUUUCUUGUGCACACCACCGUUGUAUCAUCAAACACAUCAUCCUCACAAAGAUUAAGGGACAAACCACUCCCCUCUACCAAAAAUGAUGCUUCAAUCACAGAGCCAUAUCCUCGGUAGUUUUUGGGAAUCAAAGGUACAGCUAGUAGUACUAGCAUAAUAUUGAUAUUGUGUUGUUCAAAAGAAAAUAUUUGUAUUGUGUUAGUAAAAUGUUGAGGGAGUAGAAACAAAAAGGAAUAAAAGUAGCUUAGUGAAAGCUCAGGAGUGUGUAAAAUGUAAUUGAUUGUGAGUUCUAUUUUAAUAUUUUUAUUGGACCUUGUAUAAAUUGUAGCUGUAUGGCAUUCAGUUCACUGUAAGACAUAUGUUUAAUAAACCUUUGUAAGCCAU